GGACGACGCUACGUACUGCGUUGGUUGGUAAACAGUUACAUGUGACUGUGAGUGAGCAUCACCAAGCCUUUUACUUAUUUGUUUGUAUUUAUUUAUAGAUCAUCAAACCCUUUCUUUCUCCUUCGCUCUUCAGUCUUCUCCCAUCUUCUUCACACUAUUUUUCUCUCAUCUUCAGCCUCUCUGUUUCUCUCAAAUCUCAAUUGUUAUAUUUACUGUUCGUUCCUUUGAACUGAAAUAUAGUGCAGAUUGGAGAGUUCCAAAGGGAUCGCAUUGAUCUGAUUGGCUAAACGAGCUUUUUGGGUUCGUCAAAUUUCCCCCCUUUCAUUUAGCGGUCUGUCCCGGUUGAUUGGCCGGUCGUCGAUCGACAAAAUUGGAUCAUGCGAUCCCUUAGGAAUUCUCCAUCGUGUUGCACUACCUGCAUCGUGGCCGCUUGAUCGAUCUCCAGCUCGAUAGCAAGACGCGGAAAGAAAGAAAAAAGAAAUGGCAGCACUCUGCAGUCAUCACGGCCGGAGGAAAUUUUAGGGUUGCUGCACUCAUCGGCCGGCCACUAAUAGCGGCCAGACUUUCGCCAAUCAAAUUGAACUUGAUCUUUGGGGGAAGAAACAACUAUAACAUGCGAGAAACUGGAGCAAGGCGCGUGCGCCUACGCGGUAUCAUCAACGGGAAAGCGGUGCGUGCUGGAGAAGCGCGUGAAGAGGGGAGGACAAGAAGAGUACAGCUGCCGGACGUCGGAGAUCGAGGCCGACAAGCUGAAGAACUGGGUGGAGACCGAUGAGUGUAUCAAGGCCUGCGGAUUGGAGAGGAAAGCUCUCGGGAUCUCGUCGGAUACCCUCCUCGAGCCCGGAUUCACGCGCCACCUCUGCUCUGCUCAGUGCUACGAUGCCUGCCCCAACAUCGUCGACCUCUACUUCAACCUCGCCGCCGGCGAAGGUGGGUUUUUCUACCGAAGCUGUGCGCGGCCCAAAACGGUCCAGGGCGGAGGGAAUUGACGGCCGAUAUUAUUAAGAGCUCAGGCGGCGUGCUAAUUGCGCCGGGGCCAAUUCAGGGGGUGAGCUACAUGGUCGCACCAGCGACGGCGCCGGUGCCAGAUCAGCCACUACCGAUGUCGCCGGAGCCGGCCAGUUUUGCUCCGGAGCCUAUGUCACAGAUUGAUUAGUUGAAGCGACGAAGGUAAUUAAGAUGGACGAUAUGAGAUUCACGAGUGGGAGAGACUAAUUAUCUAAUUAAUAUAUAAUAAUUAAGAUGUUUGAUUUUGAGUAUGAGUGAACGAUGGAUAGAAUAUAAAAGAAGCUGCGCUGAGGAUCCAAUCUGUUAGGGCCGGCCUGCUUUGGUUCUGAUUAUUUCUAUUUACGCUUUAAAAACCAUACUUUGUAGUGUUUCGAAUUUCAUGUCAUUAAUAAAGAUUUUAAUUUUAUAUGGUACAUAGUAUUAGUGUCAAUUCCAUUGGAUAAGUUUGUAAUAAAUUUUGUUUUACCAAUAAAUUAAAAUUG